CUUAAACCUCUAUGAAUACCACUCAUGGGAAGAUUAUCUCCCUGUGAUUUUGAGUAUAAUACAGAUUUCGGACAUCUUACACUGAGCAUGGUUGAAGAAACAUUGAAGAUAGGGUUGCACAUGAGUGAACCAGAGUUCCAGGAGUUGAUUGAUAUCCCAGAGAAGACAACCCGAGUUGAGAAACAAGGAUGGUCAGAUAAGGUUUGUGAGGAAAUUGUAUCACGUUUUAAAAUACGGAGAGAGGUUUGGGAUUUAACUGUUCAAACAGAAGUUUUAGCUAGAUUGUCAGUAUUUUAUGCAACAGGACUCAUUCCUAAUACUCAUACCGUGGGAGAUAUUGUACUAUCAAUGGCAUCAAUCUUAUAUAAAGAUAAUCACGACCUUCUGUCGAUCUUGUAUGGAAUGGUGAUUACAAGGGAAAUACAGAUGAUGAUUGUGGGUUUUCCAUGAAAGGAGAGACUGCUCACAUGGUUCAAACUGAUCCAAAUGAGCAUGAAACCCUACAAAACACUGAUCAACUUUCUGGCACAUCUAAAAAUGAUCGUAACAAGCAAGAGAACAGUGAUGCAAUUCUUAAGGCUUUUGGAGUACCACAUGAAAUUCAUGACCUGGAUAAAUCACCCAAGAUCAUUUUUGAAAGUCUAGAAGAAAGAACAAUGACAAUAGCAAAAGAAACAUCAAUAAGGAUUAAGACAUAAAAUAAAUAAAAAAUAAGAUUAUUAGAAGAAUUCAUGUUCAUGCAUUCAAAUUAGAAAACUUCCUGGCUUAGACCAUGCUCAGAAAAAUCACAAAAACUGAGGCCCAGAUAAUUAAUGGAUUUCAGAAAGAGCAAAAUAUAAGAAAAAUCUAAAUGCUUUGGUUCCUGGAAACCUCUCUCACAAAUAUGCUCUUCCUUGUAAGGAAUGUAUAGAUGCAUUGGCUGGGAUCUCCAAGAAUGAUCCUGCUGUAAGUUCAAUGAUUGCAAAACUGGUGCUUUUAUGUGUGAAAGAGAAGAGCACAAACCCAAUGACAGUUGCUAGUGUAGAAGCAUCAGUUUUAAGUGUUUUAACUCACACUGCAUGACAUGGAAUGGGCAUUCUUCAUAUCAUUGUUGAAGUAUGUAAUUUCCAUCAAGUGAGUUGGAAAAAUGUUUUAAAGAAAUCUUUAAUCACAACCACACAAAGCUCUUGGGAAGAAAUUCGCGUGAUCCAAUUGGCAAUGGCUUCAGAAGACAGAACUGUCCGGUGGGCAAGAGUCAUAAACAACUCAUAUUUUAUGAGAUUAAAUAUCUUGAAUCACAUUACAUUGGCUUCUCUAAUGAUUGAAUCAUACAUAAAGGCUCAAGGAAAUGAUGGAAUUUUAAAUUCCAACUGGGCAAAACUUCAUAAAUCCACUGCAGCCUAUUACAGACAGGCAUCACAACGGCUGUUUGAUCAUCUCACAGGAACCACAGAGAAGGUUGUGGGUGGAACAAAAGAGGCACAGAUCCUGGCAGAUCUAAUUAAUACUUCUCACCAACUUUAAGAAACACUCAAGGUUCAAAAGCAUAACAGUUUUGAUUUAGAUUAAGAGGAUGUUUAAAAUAAUUUAUUAUCAUUCUUCAACAUCACCCCUCACAUCCUUCCCAUCACAAAAGGAUUCUCAAGAAGCAACAUGAAGUUACUUUAUAAACAGGCAGGAAUAGUUUUGCCAGGUCCAAUUUAUUUAAAAUCGGUACACGGGGUCAAAAAAAUCGGGAUUGAGGGUUGCAGGUCGGGACAGUAAACAAAAAAUAAAGGGGGUUUUAAGUCCCGUUUUAAUUUAUUGCGAUUAUUUUUUAAUUUUUUGAUUAAUCGGGACAUUUAGCGUCGUCCCCAGACCCCUGAAAAUCGGGACGCCCCGCGCAUUCGGGUCACCUGGCAACACUAGGACAGAAAUAAUAUUUUCGAAAAUUGAUAUUCUUUUUGACUAUAGGUAACAAAACGGCGAAUGCCUAGACUAAUAAUUUAAUAAAUAAUAUUUUUUUGUAAAUAAAGUAUUAUUUUAAA